AUGGCUGGUCUUAAUGCUGGCAACCAUGAUGACACCUAUGUCACAUUCUUCGCGCCCAUCUGGAAAGGUUUCGAGUCCGUUCUAGCACACGCCUCAGACAUUGUCGACUUGCACCUCUCCACGACUAUCUCACAUCAGAUGCUGUUGGCGAUGGCAGCGAUGACAGAUCUUUGUACAUUGAAGCUUGUGGAUUGUCACUUGUCGACACGAUCCCAGACUCAUUUGCCUCGACUGGCUUCCGUGAUCAAUGCUUCGUUCAUACUCACUUCCGACGACGACGAUGACGCGGACACGAUUCUACUCCUACUCGCUUUGCUACCCAAUCUUCGCAUGUUAUGUGUGAACGGAACGUCCAGGAAACCUUUCCGAAUGUAUCAAAUUGGCUCCGAAACACGAGACAAAUCCCCUCGACGAAUUGAACGUAUCCACCUAGCACAUAUCGCGCGUGACCAAUUACCUGCGCUGGGUCUCUGGAUUCGCCGAAUGGCCGAGGUUCACGGUGAAUGA